AUGUUGCGCCAAGGCUUUCACCCCGAGAUCCCCGAAUUUGGAUUUGGAGACCCCACGUCCUACAGAUUGACCAAAGAAGUCAUUGAUGCCACCAAAAUGUGUGGUGCUGUGCGGCAUGGGGCAGAGUGCUUCAACUUCUACUUCCCUCAGGAACUGGACUCAGAGUACCUAAUCAUUUGGGAUGGCUUCGAAGGGAAGCCGUGGUCGUAUCGAAACUCAGCAGGUUUGCUGGAAUUUCUACUCGCAAGAGUCCAGGAUGGCUACAGUUUUCCUAUGAAUCCAGUGUGGCCGGUCCGUGACGAGGGAUGGUAUGAGGUCUUUAAUGCUCUUGUCAAGAGCCCGGACGCGCAAGACUGCUUAGCAGCGUGGUUUCCCAAAGAGUCGGGCGUGGUGGAAUAUGUAGAAAAGCUUCACAAACUUUAUCGGGAUGGCUUUCAUAUUUUCACAGGUUUUGACCGAAUGCAUCGUGCAGGCAGCACCUCCAAUUGGUUGAAACUGCGUGAAUUUGCCUUGUGCAGCGAGCUGCAAUUGUUGGAAUCGCAAGUGGCAGAAGCUGCAGCAGGAAUUGUCAGGGGACCUGGCGGAGCGGACCGGCAUGUCAGGUCUCGCAAUGAUUCGCAAUGGCCCAACGAGGCUAUCCCAGCAGCCAUGAUGGCUCCUGCGGGUCUUCCACUGGAGGGUGCCAGGUUGGAGCUGGCUCUUGCACAGCAAUGCGUGCAAAGAGCUCUCGCUAAAGACGUUGAUGAUGAAUGGCUCUGCAUAGGAGCUGAUGAUGGGGUGCUCUCAGAAGCAGCAGAGCUUCUCGGCACUGCACGCAGCGAGCGGGAUGCCGCGGAGGCCACUCUGCUACACCAGCGCGCAGCACGCAUUGAGCUUUUGCAAAGGCUACAUGAUGUGACAAGGCAAAAUGCAAAGGCCCUUGAGAAGCAUCAGGUGGAGCUAGACAAGGAGGCGGAUGUGGAGAAACAGCUCAAGGCACUGUGCGAGGAGCGGGAACGAGAGACCCAGGAAAUUCGGGAAGAGGUUCUGGCCCAGGGCAGACGACUAGAUGCCCGAAAUACAGUGACCAGCUUCUUCCAGGUGCCACCCCGAGACGUGGCCCGGAGACAUUUGAAGGCUCAUCAGGAGGCUGAAGAAGCUAAAGUGAUCUUGCAACUCAAAAGAAUCUCGGAUUCACAUUUGGCAAGAGCCCAGGGAGAGCAGAACAAGGUAGAGCAGAAAAUCGAGAAUCUAAAAGCAAAACACGAAAAAAAGAUGGGAGAUUUGCAGGAUCAAUGGCAAAGAAGGAAGUCCGGGUCAAAGUGCAAACUUCAUACCUUCUUCACAACUCUUCGAUUCGUUCAUGAGUCCAUGAGAUGGCCUACAAGGUCUUGUUUACACGAUCUUAGAAGUAUUUUCAGAUGCUGGGGCACCCAGGCAAAAGCAUGA